CAUUGGCCUGUUGCUGGUGGAACCAUGCACAGAGACGCACACAGGAUGGGCUCUAAGUACCCACGGUCUGUUCGGGGCUGCCUGCCCCUGUGGACCUUAAUGCUGGAGGCCGUUUUCAUUCUCAUCUUUUUCUUUUUCACCAACUAUGACAGUUCCUCACAGAAGAUCAUGGGGACUCAUCAAGUAUCUCCUCCCUUAGCUGUCUUUCGCGAUGUUACCAUUAUGGCAGCCCUGGGCUUGGGCUUCCUCAACUCGUCUUUGUGGAGAUACGGCUGGAGCAGCGUGGCCUUCAACCUCUUCAUGCUGGCCCUCGGAGUACAGUGGGCAGUCCUGCUGGAUGGCUGGCUGGACCAGCUGUCCUUUGGGAAAGUGGUCAUCGAACUGUCCAGUAUUCAGCAGGCUACCAUGAGUGCAAUGUCUGUGCUAAUCUCAGCGGGUGCCGUUAUGGGGAAGACCAACCUAGUGCAGAUGGUGUUGAUGGUUCUGAUGGAGGUGACAGCCUUUGGUACCUUGAGGAUGAUCAACAAGCAAUACCUCAAUGAGGAUGACCAUGAAAGCAUGAUGCAAAUCCAUGUAUUUGCAGCCUAUUUUGGGCUGGCUGCAUCCUGGUGCCUCUCAAGACCUCUGCCCAAGGGAGUGAAGAAGAAAGAAAAGAGGACAACGAUCCCCAGUUUGUUUGCCAUGCUGGGCACCCUCUUCUUGUGGAUAUUCUGGCCGAGUUUCAACUCUGCUCUGCUGGACAUACCCUACCAGAAGAAGAAUGCCGUGUGCAAUACCUACUAUGCUCUGGCGGCCAGCACAGUAACGGCCAUCUCUGCGUCGGCCUUGGCUCACCCCCAAGGGAAGAUCAACAUGACUCAUAUCCACAAUGCAGUGCUGGCGGGAGGUGUGGCUGUGGGUGCCUCAUGUCACCUGAUUUCCUCUCUUUGGAUUGCCAUGGUGCUGGGCCUUGUGGCUGGGCUGAUCUCCAUCGGGGGAGCCAAAUGCCUGCCGGUGUGUUUUAACCGCGUGCUGGGCAUCCAUGACACUUGUGGCGUGCACUACACCUUUGGCUUGCCGGGCCUGCUCGGAGGAAUCACCUACCUCGCGAUAUUUUUUGCAGCCUGGAGCAAGAAUGCCAUGCUCGGCUUCCUGGUGCUCAUCGGGACUGGGACAGUCACCUUGUCCGUGGCUAUGGGUCUAGUAUCUGGUCUCCUGACAGGUUUACUCUUAAACCUCAAAAUAUGGCGAGCACCUCAUGUGGCUAAAUAUUUUGAUGACCAAGCUUUCUGGGAGUUUCGUCCAAAUGCCCUGCAAGUGUUCUUACCCUUUGAGCAGAAGCUGGGUAAUCUAGUGAAAGGACUCUGAAAACUGGCUUAAUCCACCCAUUCAUUCCACACAUAUUUAUUGAGCAACUAUUAUAUAUACCAAGUACUAUGCUAAUCAACGAGGGAUACCACAAUCAGGACAAAUAUCCAGCUCAAUACUUGAGUUGCAAUAAAUAUUUGCUGAAUAAAUGAAGGAAAUCUGAGGAACCCCACCUAACACGUCACUGCAGCAGCAGAGUGUGCACCAGGGA